AUGAAGCUCCCUCCGGCAUCCAUCGUGGCGUCAUGGCCAACCCCGAACUAUAUCGACCCUCCCACACGCGGGCAUGGCGUUCUCGUGGUAAACAUCAUCUGUCUAGCCUUAGCGUUUCUUGUCGUCUCCCUACGGUUAUACACCAGGCUCCGGAUUACAUGCAGUGCCGGUCUCGACGAUCUGCUUAUUGUUAUCGGUCUGGUCUUUGCCAUCGCAAUGGCAACCAUCACCUCAGUCGCAACUGAAGAUUGGGGCAUGAACCGCCAUGUCUGGGACAUUGAGGUGUUGAAACUCAUCACUAUCCAGAAAUUGAACCUCUCCUUCCAGAUACUGUUCUCGCUGUCAUCUUGCUUCACCAAGAUCUCUCUGCUAUGGUUCUGUCGGCGACUCAUCGGAAAGGGCAAAUUCGGGCUAUAUAACCGGGCGUUCAUUCUAUCUAUUGUCUUCGUUGGAGGUUCUAGUCUGCUAUUCACUCUUAUCAGCAUCUUUCAGUGCACUCCUGUCAGUGCAUACUGGCAUAUUGACCCCCCGGGGUCAUAUCGCUGCAUGGACGAUGGCGCGAUUGUCUUCUCCGCCAGUGUGAUCAACAUCUUUACCGAUUUCCUGGUCACAGCUCUACCAAUGCCAUUGAUAUGGAGUCUAAAACUCCCCGCUCGUCAACGACUCGCCGUUAUAUCUAUCUUCGGCCUCGGUGUCGUGGUCAAUGUAGCUGGCUCUGUCCGAACAGUAUAUGUAUGGAAGAGUAUGGUAGUCGGUUAUGAUGCGACCUGGCUUGGGUGGCCGGUGCUGAUCGCUGCCGUGGUGGAAAUCAGUCUGGGAUUGAUCUGCUCUUCAGCCCCGGCCCUCCGUCCCCUCGUCGCAGCCUUCCUCCCCCGCCUCCUCGGCUCAACCCGAAAUAUCAACUCCUCCUACAAUCAACGGACUCGCUCCCACAAGCUCUGGUAUUCAACCGGCCGCUCUCGAGCAUCCCGUGUUAUUGGCGAUGAUUCACGCCCACCCGGCUCCAACAGCGAUCGGUUUGAAAUUAUGCGCACCAUCGAGAUGGAGAGCUGGACUGAGUCACGACUCGCGAAUCAUGGUAAGAUGGGCCAUGAUUAUGAUAUCACGUCCGAUAACCACAGCCGUCCCAUCACCCCUGCGGAUAGCAUUGACACAAAGAGGAGCAUGGGUUAUGCCUCUCAUGUAAGUGCUAGCUCCUCUAUCUCUGGGCCGCGCGAUACGCACUCUCCUUUCGAUGAUCGGCAGUCUCAUUAG